GUCGCUGCGUGGCGUGGGGUCGCGGGCGGUCAGGGGAGGGCGGGACUUCCUGUCCCGCGCGGGCAGGACUUCCGGCAGGGCCGGAAGACCUUCUCCCUCGCGGCUUGGGAGAGCUCCGGACUUGCGGACCCUGGAGGGGAGAGGUGCGGGACGCCCGCCGGCGACUCUAGCGUGUCCGUCUCCCGACCUGCGCGUGGCGUUAUGGGUGUGAUAGGUAUACAGCUGGUUGUUACCAUGGUGAUGGCCAGUGUCAUGCAGAAGAUUAUACCUCACUAUUCUCUUGCUCGUUGGCUACUCUGUAAUGGCAGUUUGAGGUGGUAUCAACAUCCUUCAGAAGAAGAACUGAGAAUCCUUGCAGGGAAGCAGCAGAAAGGAAAGAGUAAAAAAGACAGAAAAUACAAUGGUCACAUUGAAAAUAAGCCACUAACCAUUCCAAAAGACAUUGACCUUCAUCUAGAAACCAAAUCUGUUACAGAAGUAGAUACUCUAGCAUUGCAUUACUUUCCAGAAUAUCAGUGGCUGGUUGAUUUCACAGUGGCUGCUACUGUUGUGUACUUAGUAACUGAAGUAUAUUACAGUUUCAUGAAGCCUACACAGGAAAUGAACAUCAGCUUAGUCUGGUGCCUCCUGGUUCUGUCUUUUGCAAUCAAAGUUCUAUUUUCAUUAACUACCCACUAUUUUAAAGUAGAAGACGGUGGUGAAAGGUCAGUCUGUGUCACCUUUGGAUUUUUUUUCUUCGUUAAAGCAAUGGCAGUUUUGAUCGUAACGGAGAAUUACCUGGAGUUCGGGCUUGAAACAGGGUUUACAAAUUUUUCAGACAGUGCGAUGCAGUUUCUUGAAAAGCAGGGUUUAGAAUCUCAGGGUCCUGUUUCCAAACUUACUUUCAAAUUUUUCCUGGCUAUUUUCUGUUCACUCAUUGGGGCUUUUUUGACAUUUCCUGGAUUACGGCUGGCUCAAAUGCAUCUGGAUGCCCUGAAUUUGGCAACAGAAAAAAUUACACAAACAUUACUUCAUAUCAACUUCUUGGCACCUUUAUUUAUGGUUCUGCUCUGGGUUAAACCUAUCACCAAAGACUACAUCAUGAACCCACCAUUGGGGAAAGAAAGUGUCCCUUUAAUGACAGAAGCCACAUUUGAUACCCUGCGACUCUGGUUAAUAAUCCUGUUAUGUGCUUUGCGGUUGGCCAUGAUGCGAAGUCACCUGCAAGCAUAUUUAAACUUGGCCCAGAAAUGCGUAGAUCAAAUGAAGAAAGAAGCAGGCCGAAUAAGUACAGUUGAGCUACAGAAAAUGGUGGCUCGAGUCUUUUAUUACCUCUGUGUCAUUGCCCUGCAGUAUGUGGCACCGCUGGUAAUGCUGCUUCACACAACUCUGCUUUUGAAAACACUAGGGAAUCAUUCCUGGGGGAUUUAUCCGGAAGCUGUGUCUCCCUCGCCAGUGGAUAGCUUCCCUUCCAACUCCAUCUACUCUGAACUACCGUCAGCUGACGGGAAGAUGAAGGUGACUGUUACACAGAUCACAGUGGCACUGAGCAGCUUGAAGACCAUCUUCACCCCUCUCCUUUUUCGAGGACUUCUGUCGUUUUUGACAUGGUGGAUCGCUGCCUGCCUCUUUUCCACAAGCCUUUUUGGGCUUUUCUAUCAUCAAUAUCUGACAGUGGCAUGAAUUUCAGUCAAAAAUGGAUAUCCAAGUCACACUUUCAAUUCGGAUAUUUGUGCCCUUGAAGGGUUGACAAAAGAAGAAUGCAAAUACAAAGGAGAAAAGGAAUUAUUGGAGUGUCUUGUUGCAAAUGCGUCCUCUGUACUCUCAGGGUGAAUUCAUGUUGUACUAGUUAAAAAUCCCAGGAUAGGUUGUUACACUGUUACACUGUGGCAUUGGAAUCGUAACUCACUGUAUUAGCUAAUGGGAGAGGGCUAUCUGCAAGGGUGAUCCUUCUGAUUACCUUGGUUUACAGUGCAAACCUCCAACAGUCUUUCCGACUUCUAGGACUCCAGUUCCUGGUGUCUCUUCAUGGUCUUGUGGUACUGUUAUUACUCUAGUUGCUGCCUAUAGAACAAUCUUCAAACUGAGCCAUGCUCUAGGGGAGGGAAGGAACUAAAGUCACUUCUGUUGGUAAUAUAAGUCUUCAAACAAAUGAACAAAAAUCCAACAGAAAGGAAGAGAAAGCUACUGUAUAUUACAGUACGAAAAGCUGCGUAGUCAUUUUAAAUUGAAUGGAGAUAUAAAUGCCUGAAGUCUACAAGUACUGCUCCUUGAGAGUAGCAAGAGUAUUGUUUUAAAGUGUGUGCCACCUAGCGUGAAAGUUCUGUUCAAAUGAUUGGCCAUUUGAACACUUGCAGUCUCACUGUUAGUUUUGGGCCUGCUGUAUUUUAUUUUUUUGAUUCUACAUAGUUACGUUUAAUCUAAAAAUAUUUAUCAAUACUGAUCAAAUUUAAAAAUUACUUUGUAAUCCUGCUGACUAUGUGUAUGUAUUGUGUUUAUAUUAUAUAUUAAAUAUAUAAUAUAUUGAUGUUAUAAAAGAUGAAAAUAUUGAAUCCUUAUAAUAUUUUAAGUUGCAGAAUGUUUGUUAAAAAUGAUUUGAAUGAGAUGUAUUUGUAUCUAGAAAUUUUGUUUGGAAUGAGAUUAAAAUACAUUUUUUUAAAGCUUAAUAGAGUGUAAUUUAUUUGUUGAACAUAUAUGACAUUAAUUAAAAUGUUAUGGAUGAUUAAGUGAUUUCUUCCAAAUUAAAUUUCUUUUUUUCUU